AUGGCUAUCACGCGAUACAACCAGCGCCCAGAUAUUUUUCUCACUAUGACUGCAAAUCCCAAUUGGCCAGAAAUUACUUCAGCAUUAUUACCACACCAAAAAGCUAUUGAUCGUCCAGAUUUGAUUGCCCGUGUUUUUGAGCUAAAAAGAAAGUGUUUGAUGAAGAAGAUAGAGACAAACAAAGUGUUCGAAUUUUCAGAUCCAAAAGAUGAUCCUACACUUUUUGAAACUGUCAAGUGUUGCAUGGUACAUGGACCAUGUGGUGCUCAAAAUCCCCAAGCACCAUGUAUGGAAAAUGGUAGAUGUACUAAGAAAUACCGUCAAGCCUUUGAAGAAUCAACAACUAUGGACCAAGAUGGAUAUCCAAUCUAUCGUCGUCGCAAUAGUGGUAAAGUAUAUGCUGUGAGAGGACAAGAAGUUGAUAACAGGGAUAUGGUACCAUACAAUGCAUAUCUUUUUAAACGGUUCAACUGUCAUAUAAAUGUAGAAGUUUGUGCUGGAGUGAGAUGUGUUAAGUAUAUACAUAAGUAUAUUUACAAGGGUUAUGAUCCCACAACAAUGGUUUUGGGAUUGAUUAAUGAGAUCCAACAAUAUCUUGAUGCGAGGUAUAUUGGACCACCAGAAGCUGCUUGGCGAAUAUUCAAUCAUCAUUUGCAUGCAGAGAUGCCAACAGUUGUUCGCUUGGUACUUCAUCUACCUGGAAUACAUCGUGUUCUUUUCAAUCCUAAUUACUCAUUGGAAAUGAUUCUUUCUAGAGCUGCAUAA